AUGGCGGAUGCAACAGAAGAACAACAGUUUAUAAUUUGGUUUCAAACGCUGGAUAUCGAUGUUGAUUCCAAGGCGGAUAUUCUAGCAAUACUAAAAGCAGAAGGCUUUUAUAAGAUUCAGCACCUAAAGGAUUUUCAUAUCGACGAAGACCUAUGCAGUUUGCCACUUAAGAAGGCGGAAAAGCGAAGGUUUUUGUCAGGUCUUAAAGAACUAGAAAUCAAUGAAUGGCGCCUUCCUCCGAAUUUAUAUGAUAAAAGUAUUUUGGCUCCUGAAAAGGACGUGAGAGGGUCACAAGAAACAGAAGUUGAUCUAGGAGGAGUAAAAAUGACAAUGCAGUUACGGAAGAAGUUCGAGCAGGAAAAUCUUAUCAUCCCAAACCCGGUAACAGACAAACACAAAUUCUUUAAUUCACUGUUUUGCAAGUUAUUUAAUGCGUGUUAUGUUCACCUACAAAGUCGAUUUGUAAAAUACUUUAAAUCGGAAAGAAAAUCACGAUGGGAGUUUCGCAGUGCGAUGGAAAGGAUACAACAUGCUUAUGAGGGCAUUGUAAACACACCAACAGGAGGGACUGGUGGUUGUGAUGCCAAGCGAUAUUUUUCUUUGCCUCCAAAGUUCGACAAGCAUGAUGCAAGUGUAGUUCAGAAAAGCCUGUCAGAGCUCCUAAAACAACGAGACCUUGUUUUGGAACAAAAAGAAAUACUUAAGAAAGACAGAAAGGAAAGACUUUUCAUGUUGGAAGAUGGAAUUAUCAAGAAGUGGGCUUCAGUUGAGCAAGAACCAUACAACUGUGAUGCAAUGCUUCAGUGUGACAGGCUGAGAGGUAAAUAA